AUGGUUUCCCAGGUCCUCUUCAACUACGAUAACCUCCAUUUCACAGAACAGCCUGCCCAGAUGCUGUUCAAUGAACCUCUUUCACUGCCUAAGAACUACCAGCACAUCCUGGCCAUGGUAUUUUCUGUCAAAGAAAUAAAUGAGAACCCCACAAUCUUGCCAAAUAUCUCUCUGGGUUUCCACAUCCUCAAUAGCUACAUGUCAGCAAGAAUGACUUAUAAGGCCACUCUGAGCCUCCUUUCAACACAGCAGAAGCUUGUCCCCAACUUCAGGUGUCACGACCAGAACAAUCUGAUUGCUAUCAUUGGAGGAUGUUUCUCUGAGACCUCUGUCAAUGUAGCCACCAUUUCAACAAUCCAGAAGACUCCACAGAUAACUUAUGGAUCAUUUUUGCCACUACAAGGUUCCAACAUGGUACACCCAUUUUUGUUCCAAAUGGUCCCAGCUGAAUCCCACCAGCAAAUAGGAGUUCUGAGAUUACUUCAGUAUUUUGGAUGGAAAUGGGUUGGAGUUGCUGCUGUGGAAGAUGACAAGGGAGACAGGUUUUUGCAGACAAUGGUGCCUAUGCUUUCCCAAAAUGGCAUCUGUUAUGCCUUCAUAUUAAGGCUACCGAAAUGGAAUUAUGUAGAUAAAAUGGUAGACUUGGCAUUACAACCAUGGGAAAAAUAUGAAGUUCUUUGGGAGAAAAAAACCAAUGUAAUAUUUGUAUAUGGAGAACAUCCAUCCUUUCAGGUUAUUAGGAUGUUUUUAUUUCUAACAUCCAUUAUGGAAUGGCCUCCUCUUGGUAAAGUGUGGGUUGUUACAUUCCACUGGGAUUUCACCUCGGUGUCCUUUCAAAGGACUUGGGAUAUGCAAACCUUCCAUGGUUCCAUAACAUUCACUGCUCACCCAAAUCAGCCACCAGGUUUCCAAAGGUUUAUUGAGGGGGUUACCCCAUUUAGGGUGAAAGGAGAUGGAUUUAUCCAGGACUUCUGGGAACAGACAUUCAGCUGUUCAUUAAAGAAGCAGGAGGAAGAUGUAACAGAAACAUGUACUGGGGAGGAGAAGCUGGAGAGCAUUCCUGGUAUUUUGUUUGAAAUGAAGAUGACUGGUCAUAGUUACAGUGUCUACAAUGCUGUCUAUGCUGUGGCACAUGCUUUGCAUGACAUUUACAGGUUGAGAUUGAAGCAUAGAAGAUUGCUGCGAGAUGAGAGAUUCUUAUUUCAGAAUGUGCAACCAUGGCAGGUCCAUCACUUUCUGAGGGGCAUCACAUUCAAUAAUAGUGUUGGAGAAACAAUACGUUUUGAUGACAAUGGGGAAUUAGUUUCAGGUUUUGAUGUUACAAACUGGAUGAUGUUCCCCAAUGGCUCGGUGAUUAGAGUGAAAGUUGGCAGACUAGAACAUCAGACACUUCCAGGCAAAGAGUUGAUGAUUCAUGAUGAUCAAAUUGUCUGGCAUCAAAACUUUAAUCAGGUGCUCCCAGUUUCUGUGUGCAACGACAAUUGCUAUCCUGGCUACAGCAGAAAAAAGAAGGAGGGAGAGAAAUUUUGCUGCUAUGAUUGUGCUCCAUGUCCUGAAGGGAUGAUUUCUCACCAGAAGGACAUGGAUGCCUGCAUCAAAUGUCCAGAUAGCCAGUACCCCAAAGAGGACCAAACUCACUGCAUUCCAAGGGUUCUAAGCUACCUCUCUUACGUAGAAGACUUGGGGAUCAUCUUAGUUAUCAUGGCUAUUUCUUUCUCUUUCAUCACCACUUUAGUCCUUGGAACUUUCAUGAAACACAACAACACUGCAAUAGUGAAAGCCAACAACCAGACCCUCACCUACAUCCUUCUCAUCUCCCUCAUCCUUUGCUUUCUUUGCUCCUUUCUCUUCAUUGGACAGCCUGGAAAGGUGACUUGCCUUUUCCAACAAGCGGCUUUUGGCAUCAUCUUCUCUUUGGCUCUUUCCUCUGUAUUGGCAAAGACCAUCACUGUGGUUCUGGCAUUCUUGGCAACCAAACCAGGUGCCAGGAUGAGAAAAUGGGUUGGCAAAAGAGUGGCAAAUUCUAUUGUUCUUUCCUGCACUUUCCUGCAAGCAGGUGUUUGUAGUCUGUGGUUGAGUAUUUCCCCUCCAUUCCCAGAUACAGACAUGCACUCAUUCGAUGGGAAAAUCAUACUUCAAUGUAACGAGGGUUCAACUACCAUGUUUUACUGUGUCUUGGGUUAUAUGGGUUUGCUGGCCAUUCUCAGUUUCAUUAUGGCUUUCCUAGCCAGGAAAUUACCUGACAGCUUCAAUGAGGCUAAGUUCAUCACUUUCAGCAUGUUGGUGUUUUGCAGUGUGUGGUUAUCCUUUGUUCCAACCUACCUGAGCACCAAAGGAAAAUACAUGGUGGCUGUGGAGAUCUUCUCCAUCUUAUGUUCCAGUGCUGCAUUACUGGGCUGCAUCUUUUUCCCAAAAUGCUACAUCAUUGUGCUGAGGCCUGAGCUGAACAACAGGGAACAACUAAUACGGAAAGCAAAAUGA